CCGCCCAGAGACACAUAGUGACAGCACUGCGCCGCAACACAUAGUGACAGGGGCGCAGACACACGGACACAUAGUGACAGGGGCGCGGACAUACGAACACAUAGUGACAGGGGCGCAGGCAGGCGCUGGGACUGAGCCACGGGCACCCAGGACACACGGACACGCCGCUGGGAGAUCAUGGGGUGAUAGGUCUAGAGCUGGUGCCGGGGUUCUGAGAAACGAGAAGGUCCCGAGGCUGGAAAGAAUAGAGAAGUAAGUUAGGAGAACAGUGAAGGAUAACAUACCUCAAGUGACCAGUCUUCUCAAAUAAGAUGAAGGGAAACCGGGAGUAACAUCUACUGAGGGAAAAGGGACCUUUGAGGAAGAUAGAGAUAAAACAGGAAAAGGAGACAGAAGUCCUGUGUAGCUUGCAGUCAUGCCAUUCCCAUUUGGAAAAUCUCAUAAGUCUCCAGCAGACAUCGUGAAGAAUCUGAAGGAAAGUAUGGCAGUUUUAGAGAAGCAAGAUAUUUCUGACAAGAAAGCAGAAAAGGCUACAGAAGAGGUUUCCAAAAACCUGGUUGCUAUGAAAGAAAUCUUGUAUGGCACCAAUGAAAAAGAGCCCCAGACAGAAGCUGUAGCCCAGCUCGCUCAGGAGCUGUACAACAGUGGCCUCCUCAGCACGCUGGUAGCUGAUUUACAGCUCAUUGAUUUUGAGGGCAAAAAAGAUGUGGCCCAAAUUUUCAACAACAUCCUCAGAAGACAAAUUGGUACAAGAACUCCUACCGUUGAAUAUAUCUGCACUCAACAGAAUAUUUUGUUCAUGUUAUUAAAAGGGUACGAAUCUCCAGAAAUUGCUCUUAAUUGUGGAAUAAUGCUGAGAGAAUGCAUCAGACAUGAACCUCUUGCCAAAAUCAUUUUGUGGUCAGAGCAGUUUUAUGAUUUCUUCAGAUACGUUGAAAUGUCAACAUUUGAUAUAGCUUCAGAUGCAUUUGCCACAUUCAAGGAUUUACUUACAAGACACAAGUUGCUGAGUGCCGAAUUUUUGGAGCAACAUUAUGAUAGAUUCUUCAGUGAAUAUGAAAAGUUACUUCAUUCAGAAAAUUAUGUGACAAAAAGACAGUCGCUCAAGCUUCUUGGGGAACUUCUGUUAGACAGACACAACUUCACAAUUAUGACAAAGUACAUCAGCAAACCCGAGAACCUCAAGCUGAUGAUGAAUCUUCUGCGAGACAAGAGCCGCAACAUCCAGUUUGAGGCCUUUCAUGUCUUUAAGGUGUUUGUAGCCAAUCCUAACAAAACACAGCCAAUCCUAGACAUCCUUCUCAAGAACCAAACGAAACUGAUUGAGUUUCUCAGCAAGUUUCAGAAUGACAGGACCGAGGAUGAACAAUUUAAUGAUGAGAAGACCUAUUUAGUUAAACAGAUCAGGGAUUUGAAGAGACCAGCACAGCAAGAAGCUUAAUCUCCAUUAAACAAACAUCGGAAAUAUCCAGCCCCAAGUCAGCAUUUGCUGUUAGAUAUUCAGCAUCAGGCACUCGUACCGAUUCAUGAGGAACAUCACUGCUAACCUGCUGUCCAGUGAACGGUUUUCAUUUUCCUUUUUUCCUUUUUUUUUUUAGUCCAAGUUGAAAAACAGCUGCUGCUGCUGCUGCUGCUUUCUUGCACAUUAGAGCACCGUGUGGACCUUUUCUUGGUCUUUGUGUCCUUUCCGAAUUCAAAGACACUGCUUGUUGGAGGGUCCUAGAAAUGCGAAGUUUCGAAAAGCAAACAGAGAGGUUCUAGUUUGAUUUAGGAAAGAAGGCGUUAAAGGUCAUAAGUGACCGGUUGCAUGCUUGCCAAUCUGAUUCAAUCCAUUACGUUUGCACUUACUCGUUUGACGUCCGAGCACACUUGGCACCAUUAGUAUCUGAUUGUACGCCUUGAUUUCAACAAAACAAAAAUGUUCAGUGCUUUAUCUGUAAUCAGAGGGGAAAUGUAUCGGAGAGGCUCACUCUGGAGGAUAGUCGUCAUGCUAAUAAACCGAUAGAUAUUGCAACUUAGCAGUUUGUCCAGUGUGAAUGAGGCCUCAGAAAAUUCCGAAGGAAAAAUGUAUAUAUGCUUUUCAGCUCUUUCUAGAUUUUUUUUUUGACAUUUGGUUUGAUUUUCUUGAGACUUGUCAACUUGGAGAUGUUCAAGGGUUUUUGUUCAUUUGACUUUUUAAAGGAAGGUAUUUUAAGACAGUAGAACUAGCAGUGACAUUUCAUUUCAACAGUGCUUACAGAUUUCUUUUGUAUAUAACUACUAGACUACUCAUUUCUUUAAAAUGAUUUAAUUUGUACAGCAGAAGAAUGUUAUUGUAUUAGUCUGUAACUAUUACCUAAUAUUGAAUUUUUGCAAAAAUGAAUGCUCCUAUGUAAUUGAAUCUCUCCAAUCACAUGGAAAUGCUGAUUUAACACUUUCCUGAGUACUUACUGCAGCAUUAAAGGGAAGAACAACCAAAUUCUUUGUAUUCACUUCUCUAACUGGGUGCCAUCCAUUAGAAUAGGCUCAAAUAGAAACUGGAACCAGUAAACUGUAUUCUUACUGGAUAAUAUUGGCCUUACUCAUUUAAAAUUAGUUGUGAGUUCACCAGAUCUAUAAAUAAAUGGUAAAGAUUAUGCUCAAUUCAUGCUGAUUCUUUGUGUGAGGGGUGGGGACCUCUGGAGAGCACCCCCUUUCCUUUCCUAGUGUCUCCGUGAUCCAGUACAUAGCUGUGGGCCUGAAGGAUGGACGCACUGGCUUCUUGUAUGUAGACCCUGGCCGGUUCUUAGUCGUAGAGCCCACCCCCUUUCCUGUCCCUAGAUGUUGCAGAUUAUCAGUAUUUACAGAGAACUGAUUUUGCAUCCCUUUCAUUACUGUGACCACCACAAAACAGCGGCUACUGGAAUAAGCUGAGCAGGGUGUUGGGGAAUGGUAUGGAGUCACUUGCCAGGGAUGCCAAGAUCACAACUCGACAACUUUGGGAUCAGAGUCUGAAAGUUCCAAUUCCGCAUGGCUGCAGCUGCUUAAGGACUUGAUAGAAUUCUCCAUCCUUUGCUAGCCUCUCUUCCUAAUUAAAUUAUUCCUCUGCUGGUAAGAAUGGGACUCUCCCUUUAUGUUCUGUUCAUUUGUAAAGCCUUUAUGAAAGGAAGCCAGAUAAGAGCACGACUCUAAGAAAACAAGAGUCUGCUGGGUCCUGUUUAAUGUACAUGAUGCUCAUUAUUAUAAUUGGUCUUUCUAAGGUGAUCUGAAACUAUUCCAUGUAAAAUAAUUCACAUUUCCUAUUGGAAAUAGGUAGGGGAAGUGACAACUUCUGGAAAAAGAAAUUUCCAUUCUUUUUAGAAAGGCCCAAGUGGCCACAAGAAUUGUAAGUAUUACUGUUAGUGUUGCCUGGCACUGUAUGAUAAGUGGUUUUAGUGAAGAUAGCCUGAUCACAGUUGAGUGGAGCAGAGUUUAUUUGCCAAGAUAGUUCUCAGAACAUCAAAGCUUCCUCUUUGGCAAUGUGUCCUAGCACUAAAGCUUCCUAUCCAUAGAGCAGGAAAAGGGGUGGGGGGAAGUGUGUGAAAUGGAGCCUGGCCUUGGGACUCUUCCACUGGGCUCUGGAGGCAGUUGCUGUGGUAUUUUUUCUUUAUUUGGGUUUUUUUUUUCUUUUCUUUUUUUAACAACAGAAUGUGAAAGCAUUGAGCGUUAAGAAAAAGUUGUGUUUUAGAGUUCUGAUCAUUUGAUAUGUUUGUAGUAUGGAGAACUUGUACUCAAAGUGGUUUCUUCUCAAGUGUUAGGGAGGCUUGCAUAGACGAAAGCAGUUAUUUCAUGGGACUUUUACCCUUAAAAAAAAAAAAGUAGAGAUGUAUACAAUUGUAACUACUGCAUAUAAAAGCAUUUCAUUUCGCCCAAGGAAAAUGCAUUUAUAUUGGAAAAUCUGGCUGGCCCUGUAAUUUAAAUUGAAAUAAAAUUUUGAAGAAACAAAA